AUGUCUUCUCAGUUUGAUAAGGGCCACAAUGUCCCCGUCUCUAAAAUGGAAGUUCCUGGCAAGCAAUACAAGAUGCCAUCGCCAGCCCCAGUCAACGACCAACUGCCCACCGAAAGCGGUGGCUACCAACUAUAUAAAGCCACAGGAAAAUUAACUGGCAAGAAAGCACUCAUUACCGGUGGCGAUAGUGGUAUUGGUCGAGCAGUAGCAAUUCUCUAUGCCAUGGAAGGCGCCGAGUCCAUCAUUGUCUACAAGCCCGAAGAAGAACAAGACGCACAGAAGACGAAGGAAUUAGUUGAACGGAAGGGCGGAGAGAUACAUCUCAUCCGGGCUGAUUUAAGGAGCCAUGAGACAUGUAAGAGUGUUGUGGAUAAGACACUUCAGAUCAUGGGACGGAUCAAUAUAUUGGUUUUGAAUCAUGGGUACCAGAUGAUGCAACAGUCUAUUGACGAUAUCAGCGAGUAG